CCUGUGGCCGUGCAAAACUUUUCAGUAUGGUGCAAGACGCGAAUCAAUCUGCCUGAGUUAAAGGAGACGCGAGAACCUGCCUUCGCAUGCGAGCCUGUAAUAGUUCUGGUGGGACCCUGGUGAUCUGAUGAGGUUGAGAUACGUUUGGAAACAGUGGACGAAUCCCAAGAAUACCCUCUUUGCUGAAACUUGGACUCAUAUUUGACUGGCCAAAUGAGUCGCGUCUCAAGUCUGGGAGCAGAAACGUCAAGUAUCACGUCUGGACGAAAGGCACUUACCGACACGACUCGCACCCACAGGUUGACAACUUUUUAUCGGUCUUGUUAAGAUGCCUCCUCCGCCGGGUGACAAAUCGGGCAAAUCCGGUGGUCAAAAAAAACGCCUAGCUGGUGACUCUCUGGGGCCAACCACGGGCAAAAGGCCCAAGCCCAAUGGCAAGAACAUGGGCUCAAGCAAUCAGCCUGGCCAGUCGAACCAGGGCAAAGAUGGCCGACAGUCAUCCAACAAAUCCAGACACGGAGGCAAAGACGCUCCGUCUAAUAAUGGCCCAGAAGCGAGAAGAAUGAAAAAUCGAGCAGCUCGGAGUAUUCCAUCUCAACGCUCCGACUCAGCGCUGAAGGAUGGCGAGCUCGACCUGCAGUCUUUUGUCAACUCUCGUGGUUUCGAGGUAAAGGCACUGGAUGAGAGCAUGAGACGAACUCGCGCUACACGUUCGAGCCGUGCAUUCCAGCAAGUCCCUUACACGCUGAGACGGCGAGCUGCGGCACACAACCAUAAAAGGGUUCCAAAGCGGCUUCAGAAGAGGGCCAAGAAGGAGAUGGCAGCGGAUAAUACGCCAACGGUGAAUGCGAAGACCAGGAAACCAAGCAGCACAAGGGAUCGGCUGCGAUCUGAGACCGUGCUGCGCUUGGGGAAACUUGCUGAGAGGAGGCGAAAACAGAAGUUGCUGAAGAGGGGCAAUCUGGACAAGGUGACGAUCGAGACACGCAUGGCCAGGCCGAAAAUCAGGAGAAAUACCCUCAAUGACCCGUUGGUUACCAUCAAAAAGUUCAAGAAAAGACAGCUGAAUAAGACAUGGCUGCCCACGCAUUUGUGGCAUGCAAAGAGGGCGCGUUUAACAGAGCCUAACAAGCCGUUGUGGAGGUUUGCUAUACCUAUCACGCCGACCCAGAAAGUCUACCGACCCGCACAUCGUAUUCAGUGGGAAAAGGGCGUCAUGGCUUGGGAUACGAGCUAUAUGAGCACCAUUGGCCUGUGUGGUACUCCUAGGAGUGUUGAACAUGUGCUCAAGGGCUUAUGUUUAACACAGGCGGUACUGUGGAACGACAAGGGCGCCAAAUGGAGGUCUGGGGCUGUUUGUUGGAGUGGCACUCUGCGCAGGAAGGUUGGAGCUUAUCUCCGGAUCAUCGCUCCUGCUUCCAUCAUCUGGAACCCUGAGUCGGUAAAGCGGACCAAUGACUCGAGUGAACCACCGAAGCAGCUUAGGAGGCGACUUUUCAUUCGGAUUCACCCAUCCAGCUUCCUGGAGGCUUUUGAAGAGCUCAAUCGUUUAGUGAAAGGCCAAAACCCGAGACCUUACAUCGAAGACCUACGGUACGAGAUUGGCAGCAUCGAAGUCACGGGUCCCAAUUCCACCGAGGCGUUGCUGGGCUUACUAAAGCCCUACUACUCCAAGACAGAAUCAAAGGAGCCACACGUGGCGAAGUUCCAGUCACUCGCAGGACUGCAAGAUCCCGCUUCCCUUCCUCUGGGAUCUCUGCUGGCGUUCUCGAUCAUGGAUCCUCGUCUUCGAUAUCCGCCGAGACGGACGGAAUUGCCCGACAUGACCAACCAAGAAGCUCAACUUGGCUUGCUUGAAACCCUGUCUAAAUGGCACCAAACUGAAGACCCGGUGCCAUUCGCUCUAUUCGACCGCGAUGCUCGGUUCAAGGCUUCUCAGCUUCCCACUCAACAGUCCCUAAAUCGUCGCAGAGGCAAAAAUGCUCCAGGUGUUUUCCUUGAACCUAGUGAGACCGAUACGGCAAUUCCAAUCAUCCUAACUGCCUCUCGUCAGUCACCCAAUGCCGGGACUUGGACCUUGAUGAUGCCAUGGAAAUGUAUUCUCCCUCUCUGGCAUAGUCUCAUGCAUUUCCCAUUAUCAACUGGUGGAAACCCAGGGCUUGGUGGCUUGAACGAAAAGAGACAGUUGGCCUUUGAACAAGGAAUACCUUGGUUUCCCGGUGAUUUCCCCGGAACCGAUGCAGGGAUGGCAUGGGAGCUGGAGCAACGGCAUGAGCGGAAGAAAGCUUGGGAUCGUAUGCCCAAGGGAAAGCGAAUUGCCUACGAGGCUCUUGACCUUGGCGCGGGAAGAAAGGGGGAAGUUGGCGACGGUUGGGACUGUGGCUUUGAGACCCUUUUCGAACUCCCUGAGAGUGGCACAGACGCCAGUCAACCAGAUGAGGAAUCCAACGUUGAGAUCGAAGGAACUGAACCAGCGAAGGAAAAUAAAAGUACUAAGCUUAUGAAACAUGCGCUGACGCACGUCAUUCAUCUUACGAAGUCUGCAUUCAACGCUUACGUCGAUCCUAAGUCAGAUCCCUUCCCCUUAGGCGCCAUCGUCACAGUUAAGAUUCGAACCUUAUCACGAGGUACACCCGCUCCCUGUGCCAGGAUCUACCGAUUACCUACCAUCGCGCAUGUCCCAGUCUCGACGCAAGCUGAAGUGCCGGCAACGGAGCCGACCCAUGUUAGGGACAACAGCAAACUCCCAUCUGACCUUCGAGAUCAAUGGCUAGCUAAGAUCCCCGGGAAGACAAACGGCGCAAAGGCCAAACCGCCGCUGAAGCAUAAUUCAGCGGUGGACCUGGACGUCGAAACUCGCAAACGCCUCCUAGCACAGGAGCUCAUUGGGCCCCCUCCGUCCCAGCCUAACGAGGGCAAUGUCAACGGGCACCCGUUCUGUCCCGACGCAGAGGAUCUGAUAGGGUUCGUCACGACGGGGAGCUUCAACCUCAGGAACGGGUGCGGGGAGGGGAUCGGGAGUAUCUCGGCCGAGAUGGCGCGGGAGGAGUUGGGGAGGUAUAAGAAUAAGGAUGACCCGGCGGCUAGGGUUUGUGUUGUUCGGAAUGCUGGUCAGGCUGUGGGGUGGGUUGCUAGGUGGGAUUUGGUCUGAUGGAUAGCUCGUCAGGCAUCAGUUUUGGUGAGGGUUGAGGCGAAAUGAAGUAUGAUGAUACCCUGUAUUUUAACCUGGAAAUUGGGAAGACCAACGACGAAAACAGUUGUCUUUCCAAGACAAUCACCCCCAAUGAUCCCCCGUUCGAUGUUACGUCAGUCAUGCCCGAAGACCCGCCUCAUAAGUGGCAUCUGGCUGUAAAGCCGCUCCUGGAAGAACCUACAGGCUCACCAAGGAUGCCGAUCAUAGCAUGAAAUUUGAC